AUGAAUGAUCAGUGGAGCGACUACCUUUCUAUUAAGGAAGAACCGUUAUCGGAAGUUAAGAGUGAAAUGAAUUUCUCUGGAUUUCAUGCACUUUCUUCUUCUGCUGAAAUAAGUGAUGAUGAACUUGUGAGUCUUACUGUAAGAGAUCUUAAUCGUCUUCUGAAAAAUUCAGGCUUGAGUCGUUCAGAGAUUCAGCGUAUGAAACAAAGAAGACGAACUUUAAAAAACCGUGGCUAUGCUGCAAGUUGUCGAAACAAAAGACUUGAACAAAAAGAUGAAUUACAGUAUGAUCGAGCUAUUAUUGUUCGUGAUAUAAAUAAUUUGAAGUUGGAAAAUAAAGCUUUAGAGCAAGAAAUUGAUGUGGUCUAUCCAUCCCCGUCCCUUUUACUUGGCUGA